CUGCAGGUAUAUAAGGCGUGGCCUGCACGGGACUGGCAGAGACACUGGGGCGGAAGGCAGUGAGCAAACACCACCACCCACCAUGAAGUUCUACGUGUGUGCAGCUGUGGGCCUCCUGGCAGUGGCGGCGCUGGUGCAAGCCGACCCUGAGCCCGAGGCCCUCGCUGAGGCUGACCCUGAAGCCUCCCAUCACUACUACGGCUACCCUUACGGCCACUACGGCUACCGCUACCACCACCACCACAAGCGGUCUGCUGAACCCGAGGCUGCGGCCGAUGCUGACGCGUCCAGACACUCCUACAGCCACUAUGGCUACUACCGCUACCCCUACUACAACGGCCACCCCCACCGCCACCACAAGCGUUCUGCUGACCCAGAGCCCAGCGCUGACGCCUCCGCUGAACCCAGCACCCACUAUUCCGGUCACAACUACGGCUACUCCAGACACUACAACGAUUACCGCCACAACUACGGCUACCCCUACCACCCCCAUAAGCGUUCUGCUGACCCAGAGCCCAGCGCUGACGCCUCUGCUGAGCCCAGCCGCAACUACUACGGCUACGGCCACCGCUACUACCACGGUUACCCUCGCCGCGACUACUACUAGAGGCGCACCUUUCGGCGACACCCAGCAGCCGCCCUCUCCCUUUCGGCGACAGGGGCCUGUCUCUUGACAACAACGAAACGCUUACCCGAGGCGGCUGAGGGAGAGGCGACGACACCUACCGCAGGAUAGGCCGGUUCUGCUCACGCUGGUUUUUCUCGAGCGCAGGUGUCGCAACAGACGCCCCGGGGCACCCGGGUGAGGCGCCGCCCCGCCCCGGCAGCCUCACCCACUAGCCUGAAUAAAGUUACCCUCCAGUGA